GGCAUAUUAUUUAUAUAUGCGUAUGUAUCAACCCUCGUAUGCAUGUAGCUGAAGGGGUGGUGAGCAUAUAACUGUUUUCGUUGGAGAGGUUUAAUGGGGAAAGGCGGAAGAGGCGUCACAUACGCUCAGUUGCUUGUGUAUGUGCGUCAAACGGCGUAGGGGUGGCCACAAGAACGUACUACCUGUAGGUGUAACUCUACCUUUGGCGGCACCUCUACUGCUCCCCCUGCUCCUGUUCAUCAUAAGGACAUUCUUCCAAAUAGGAAGGCGAAGGGGGCGCCCAUUUUGUGAGUAGAGAAUUAUUUCACCCAUAAGAAGACCCGAUAAACAAAGGAGCUAUCCGAAGUGAGGCCCCUCUGCACACACCUCCCCCCCCACGCACAGCACGAACAUGAGAUGGCCCAGCAGACCAAAUCGUUAAGAAUCGAACGAACAGAAAAGUUUUAACACUUAUAUAAAAACCCACAUAGACAUAUAAUGAAAAAGGAGCUGAAAGGAAAAAAACCAAAGGGCAAUGUUAACAGUAGUGCUCCAAGUAACAAUUUUAAGGAGGAAAAGAGAAAAAUUAAAAAAAAAAAAAAAAUUUACUUCAACAGCGCGAAGGGGGGGUUGCCAAGUCAGGCCUACGAGGGAGCCGCACACACAGGUGCUCACAUAAACGCGAAUGUAAAUGUAAAUAUAAAUGACCCAAAUUUCGGCCACGUCCAAGGAGACGAAAGACAGGCGUUUCAACAGAACCGAAGAAUUGAACCCAGAGCGAUAGGGGGAGGAGGCCCCGUACACGGAUUUGACCAAGGGGGAGUGAUAAACAGCGCCGCAAAUAAAACUAGAAAAGGCGUUUUACAAAAUGUUAAUAUUUCACCAAGGGGGAACGACAAAGAUGGUAACUUUUUCACGACCGGUGUGGACGCAGGGAUGAACCCUUUCGAUGUGAAAAAUAAAAAAAUAAACAAAAAUGGGGGUAGCGGCCUGGGGAUGGGUAAGAAGCUUUACAGAGGUGUGGGAAAUGUUAAUGAAGUGAACUCUGGAAGGGUGGAUAACCAGCCCGCCUUUAAGGGGGGGGACGUCCUUUCGCUGGAUGGGGGAGCGGCGGGAGGAAUAGCAGCAGGAGCGGCGGAAGUACCAUUAGGUGACAGCUUCGUCACAAGUGGAAGCACUUUCGAAAGUGCGGGCGGAGCGAAUAGUAGAAAGGCAAACCACGCCAGAGGACACAUCAGCGGUGGAAGUAAUCACCCCCAAAGAAGCUGCUACCGAUUCAGUAGCAGCCACUACUUUGCGAACUCACCCAGCAAGCUGAACUUGGCCUACACACAUAAGAUUUACAAAAAUAGAGCCAAUUUUUAUGGCAAAAAAUAUUUUAAAAAUAACAAAAUUGUGAAUAAUAGUAUGACUGGUCAGGUAAAAAAGAACGAAUUUAACCCUACCGAUCAUUACAAUAUCAGUUUUGUAAACAACAUGGGAAGUAAAUCCUUGUUAGAUGCUGACGACUCUGGGAAGGGAGACCAUUCUGGGGAUACCUAUUUUGACUUUUCAGCAAAUGGGAUGAAUGCAGUUGAGGGGGGUAGGGACGAUUUGAGCGCCCGCUUCGAUGUGGAUACGAGCGAGCGCAGUGGCGUUUUGGACACUUCCACUUGUAGGGGUCAGCAGGGGGGUUACUCUCUCUACGGGGGGGCGGCGAAGAGCGCCAACCAAGAAGUGGGCAGUGGUGGAAAUGGCGUCGAUGGCAGCGGCUUCAAUCUGUAUAGCAGUGCGGCGGUGAAUGGCGCUCCAGGCAGGGAGAAGCGCGAGAUGGGGGAAGCGAACUUCUCUGGUUCAAAUGUAGAAGCGGUAGAUGCAGAGCGGGUGGAGGAAAUGAACGAGCAGAUGCUCAGCGAGGAAAAGAAAAAGGAGAAAGAAGCAUUUGCACAAAGGUAUUUACACAAAAUAGUAAAACUUCUGUCUGAAAAAGUAAAACGUAUGGUAACGGUGACAGAUAAGGAGUGCAUUCAUUUGGUGAAAUCCAUUGUAGAGCUCCUACAGUGUGUAAAGAAGAUUAUAAAAUGGUCAGAGGAGUGCCACUUUCACUAUAGCAUAUUCGGCAUCGUAUUAAAUAUCUAUGCCCAUGUAUGUGUAAAGAUGUUUUCACAAAAUGACAUUUUAAAAAUAGCCAACUUAAAGUGCCUGGUGUGCAUGUUCAAAAUUUUGAUUAUGCUAAAAAGAGAUUCUUUUAACCUUUCUUAUGCCUUUUUUUUAUUUGUAAAUUAUUUGAAGAGCAACAUAGAUGGGAUUGACAUCCUGACGAAGAGGAACUUAAAAUACAACAGCAAGGUUGUGAAUAAUGAUGAGAAGAUAUUUUUAAAAAUGCUAAACUCGUUUGUAACUCUUUUUGCUCAUUGUGCGGAAAGUCAGAGUAGCAUCGUCCGGGUGGAGUCUCUCAAGUCGUUUUGCUGCGUGUUGGGCAUGUUGAAGGGGAGGCACCGCGAGGGCGAGGCUGCUGGGCGGGCAUGGUCAGUAUGGGCGGUAUGGUCAGCGCGCAGGAAGGUAGGAAGUGGGGCGGAUAAAGGCGUAGCAAAUGACAGGGGCAGCCAGAUGGGGAACCAUCUAGGCAGUACCAUUACCGACAAGGGGGAGGAGAACCCUCUCGGGACAGGCGAACCGAGUGAUGAGCCCCACUCCGCUGUCUUUACCCCGUUCAGCAAACACCUCAUUAUGGGGAGCCUGGUCGGCAAAAAGGGGACCAUGUUCAGGGGACACACCACGGGGAAGAUGAUAAAUCUGCAGAAGAAUUAUUUGAGUUUUUUUAAAAGCAACUACCUCUGCUCGGAGGUGUACACGAAGGGUGGCGGCGAAGCAGGGAGGAGAGACCAACCCAGUAAGGCAAGUGAUCAGCAGGGGGGUAGCUUCCAACAUGGGGGUGCCUCCCAGCAGGGUGGCUUCUCCCAACCCAGUUGUGUUAACAAAAAUGUGGGGGCGAAAAAGGAAAACGCCAAUUUGUAUAAAGCCAGUGCAAGCAGCAUACCAAAUCAGCCGUGGCAGAAAAGCAGCUGGCACGAAAAUGCAAAGGAUGGAAGUGCAAAUUUGACAAGUGACCAAUUUGGAGGCAACCGAAAUGUAGAGGAAAGAGAGUACAGAACGAAGAACUCCAUUUUGUUAACCAAUUUUGAAACGAUUUUUAAUAGCGAGCCGAGCAGUGGUUGGUUGACGAGCAAAAUAGACGACGAGGAUGAAGAACACAUUUUGCUUUUCAUCUUCAGGAUAUUCGAUUUGUUCGUGGACAUGUAUCAAGAUAAAGAGAUAAGUGAAAUGAUACAGAAAAAUAUCGUUUUCUUUUUUAACCAUAUCGAUGUGCGUAUAUUUAGCUACGUGACUUAUUUGGUUAGCAAAAUUUCGCACAUCAUUCCGAUAAAUAAAAGUUUUUUUAAUAAAUAUGUAUCUGUCCUUUUGAAGAAUUUAAACAGGGAAAGACGCAAAUUCAUAUUCCUCAUGCUCUCCUACAGUGAAUACGAAAAGAACGGUUUGCACGUUGUGUUGAAUUUGCUGAGCAACUUGUGCGUUUAUAACUUCCAUUAUAAGACGAACAUUCAGUUGAUGGACUUUGACAGUAUUGGUGAUGAUUCUUUGAGGAGGAAUUUGGGGGAGGAAAACGAUUGUGGGGGUGGCAUGGGUGAUGGGGCCACUGGCAGAGGAGGUGCAGCCAGAGGAGGUACAAGCAGUAGCAUUACAGAUGAGUACAACCCGCACCCGUCUCUUAACCCAUCGAACGAUGACUCCUUUGGCGAGGCGAAAGACUACAGUAAUGUUAACGAGCAUGAGGUGUUCCUUGUGGACCACAUGAUAUAUAACAAUGAGGAGUGGUGUUCCGUCUACGCCGUUUUGAUUGUCCUAUCGUUUAAGUACCCGAGUUUGAUGUUUUCAUUUUUUUUUAACAAAUUUGGAAGCAGCUUUGUGCAGAACGGGGACAACUGCUUACCGCAUUUUAAUUUGUUCGAUUGGUCUCACCGAUUUGGGUACUACCUGUCGAGCGGUGUUCUGAAUGCCGCUUUGGAGGGAGGGACCCAAGUUGAUGCCCGCAUGUUGGAGGGGGUGAGAAGUGGUGGUGCUGCUGCUACUACUGCUGGUGCUACUGCUUCUGAGGAGAACCAUGGGGGAAGCCCCCCGAGUGAACGUUCGGCCGCCAACGAGGGGGGCGAGAGGGAUGGGGCGCUCCCCGCAGAUUACAGGAGGGGUGAACCGAAUGAAGCGACAAAAAUUAGCAGUACCGCCAGUGAGGUAAACCAGGUGGAGACCCAUUUCAGCGCGGGUAGGAAGCAGAGCCUUCCGUGCAAGGAGGAUGUGGCACUGGAAUUGCUAACCCAUCAGAUGUACGCCUUUUUAGAGUACCCGCACUGUGUCCAACCGAGUAUAUGCGAUCGAGAAUGGAACUUCUGUUAUGUGUACAUAUCUAGCAUCCUUAACCUUUUUUUUAACAAGAGUGCUUCCUUUUUUGGAGAAAAUUGUUUUUUUUUUAAAAAAAAUAUAUGGCACUUAUUGCACGAUAGGUCUAACUUAAAGACGCACCAUUUUUUGGACCUUUUAGAAAUGUUUAAGGAUUCAAAAUUUAACUACGUCAGUGAGAGUAGCGAGUUGGUGGGGAUGCUGAACUGUGUGUUUAACCCCUCGGAGGAGGGAGCCAAAAUGGGGGAAAAAUGUCUGGAGGUGAGUGAGAAGCUAGAAGAGGGAGUCUCUAUAGGCAGAGAUUUAAUGGCCAAAUGGAGACAAAUGAUGAGCAAUGAGGAGGUGAUUUCCUGUGGAGAUAACACAAAGGAUGACCCUGAGGGGGACUUAAUACAUUUUAAGCAACCCUACAUGAAAUACUCCAGGCGUAUUUCCGAAAUGGUAGAAGAACACAUGGCUAGUUGUCUUUUUUUUCAAAUUAUGGUGAGGGAUGCUUACGCGCCGAAUGAUCCGCCCUUUGCACACUACGAGGAGUAUUUGCGACGAAUUAGCGUCGAGUUGGUUGCGACUCGGUUGAUACACAGCGAGACGGGGUUCACCCAUUUGUGCUGCUUCCACGGGGGGGACACUUCAUUGAGUGACCUCUUUUUGGGUGACGGUCCGUUAGUAGAAGCGGAGAGCACCUGUUUGGAAGCGCCAUUUUCUCAUCAGAGUGUAGCGAAUAAGGGGGACCUUUCGAACAGCAGCGUGGGGAAGGAAAGGCUAAGCAGUUUGGCGCAACACCCUGCAGGGGGUAUUCCCGUUGGAAAGGAUGCGACUAUUGAUAUGUGCAACACAAUUGAGGAAGAACGUACCUUUCUCGAUGCGAUUAUUAAGAGGAAUGCAAAAAUGGAGGAGCUGCAUAGGAAUGGCUUUGUCGAUUUGGAAGGCGGACAGCACUGCUCCUUUGAAGGAGGGGAUGACCAGGGCAUUAAACAGGCUAGCAAUUUUAGAGCGCCUGAAAAGAAUUGCGGCGAAGACAAAAGGGAGGCAAAAAUUUGGCCAUCUAGUGUGCGUAGCUUCGUUGCAAAGUUGCGUGGAAGCGGUGCCGAAGGGGGUGAAGAAAUGGAGCGAAAGGUAGCCGAGGGAAGGCACACCUUACAAAGGCGAAAUUUUGAAGAGUUCAAAUUUUUGAAAGCGAAAGUAAAAAUUUUGCACGAAGGGAAGAAGAAGAAUAAUGGAGUGUCGAGGGGGGAAAAAAUUAUAAAUUUUGAGAAUAAAUUUCCGGAAUAUUUUUACCACAAAAAGGUUAUCAAUAUAAAUCAUAAAAUAAACAAAAAAUUGAUUAAAAUUUAUUACCUGUUUGGUGCGAAUUAUUUUUACACAACAGAUAUAUGGAAGAUAGUUCGCACCAUCGUAAGUAAAAUUUACGAGGAGAAUUUCUUCCUGUAUAGCGCGUUGCAAGACUGCUUUUGUAGUUUUGGCGGUUUCCCUGAAAGUGGUCAAAAUGCAGGGCACAAUUUUGAGGCCAAGGAAAAGGAUUUUUUUUACAAUUUUGUGCGCAAGGCGAAGAAGGGGAGGCACGCCCAAGCUGUCGAUUGGAUGGAGCAAUUUAAUCACGUGUUAGUUGGAGUGGAUCAGCUGCUAAACGGAGGGGACAACAAAAAUGGGAGCAACACAUAUUCAGUAAACGUUUUAAUAAACAAGAUAUUAAAAAUUAUUUUAAAACAUUUGAAGAAUACAAAUUUUAUAAACUAUAACAAGUGUUUGAAUUUUCCUUUUCUCUUUUUGUCCUUUUUUGACGUAAAAAUUAAGUUAUCCUUCGAAAUGGAAUCCUUUGCAUUUUUGGAAGAGCUCGAUCGAGGAAGUUUUAAAAAUGUCCUCUUGAAUUUGCCUUACCAUGUAAAGUACUUUUUUGGCAGCUUAUUUUUGUAUAUAGAGUACGAGGAUAUUUUCCUUGCGAACAGGGAGGAGUGCCAGGUGAGGGAGCCUCAGCGUCGGCCCAGCACUAGCCAAUGCCGAGGCAGGCGGAAUGGCAGUAACUUAACAACGUACAAUUUUAUCGUCGAAAGUGUGCUGGCGGAGGAUUACUCUCUGAAGAAUUUAAAAAAUAUGAACAAGACAAACAAGAAGGAUACAAAGAAUUCUCUGUUCGCAAAGCGAAAAAAGGCAAAGGUGGAAAUCCAAAAUGUGAAGAACACCUCCGACUUUGAGCUGGAGGAGAAAUAUUUGAAAGUGGACGAUGCGAGUGUAGGGAAAGAAAAAAAGGAAAAGGUAAACAGGAGAAGGGGUCCAUUAAAAAAAAUAAACAAAUUGAAUUAUCACAAAAUAGACGUUAGCGAAUGGAAUGUAAAAAGUUUGCGAUGUGCAGGUGACAGCCCGCGCGGUUACGCAACACCGUUUAGAAGUACCAUAACUGUUGAAUUUAGAAAAGCUGUUAAAAUUAAUUUUGAUUGCUCUUCCACUUUGCCCGUUAAGUGCAAGGUACACUUUUGCUAUUGCCCCUUGGAGGACGGCGCGUUUUGUUCUUUCCCCCUGGCCAGGACGAAGCAUAUUUACGUGCACCCGUCGCAGUGA